AUGCUCGCCGAUCUGAACAGAAAAUACCUCGACACUUUGGAAAACCGUCCACUUGCCACCAAGGCGCUAACUGCGGCAAUCCUAAACGGACUAAAUGAACAACUAGCCACCUGCUUUGCUGGAGAAUCCAGAAAGUCAACUAUUAAGAUCGGAUUCAAAGAGGUGCAGCUAUCUCACUCCGUCACAAAACGCGUCCCUUUGAUGUUUCUGUAUGGCCUUCUAAUCAAUGGGCCUUUUACCCAUUACGCGUACAAACUAUUACAUUUAGCUUAUCGUCCACCACUUGGCCCAAGAAAAAGACUAGCCCAAAUCCUCACCUCCAUGGUGACUAUCACGCCAGCCAUCUCAGCUCUUAUGAUUUCCUACAUCUCGCUGAUUUCUAACAUCAAUAUCGCGAAUAUUAAGGACUUAUCCUCUGCCAAAACAGAGCUGCUGGACGUGCUUCGGAAAACUAAGGUUGCGCUACAGAAAUCGCUGGUCUCGGUGAUUCGCUCCUCGUGGGUCUCCAGCCCUAUAUUCAUGCUUGUGGCUCAGAGUUUCCUCAAGCCCAACCAGUGGGCCGUGUUCUUCAACUUCUGCUACUUUGUGCUGGGCACUUACAAUAAUACCAUAAUCAAGCGCAGACUAAAAGAACAGAAAUCGAACGCAGAGAAACAAGAAUGA